CAAAACUGCCUCACCUUUACCAAUAGAGCGCCAAUGCAAUUACUACAAGGCCGAAAACGAAGGAAUUAGGGGCGAACUCCAGCACGCAAUAGCGGAGGAAAAUCCCCAAUUCCCAUGGCGACCCGCGCGCCGCCGCCGCACGCGUCGUCGGCCGGAUCCGUGACCGUGACGGUCGACCCCUCCCCCUCUUCGUCCUCCUCGGCCCCGCCCCCGGCGACGGCCGCGCCGGCGCCGGCGGAGGCGGUGGUGCUGCGGCUGAAGCGGCGGGGCAAGAAGAAGGUGUCGUGGAAGGAGGGGACGGUGGACAACGAGGGCCUCGGCCGCAAGAGCUCCAAGAAGUGCUGCAUCUUCCACAAGGAGGUCCCCUUCGACGAGGACUGCAGCGACGACGAGGCCCCCGGCGGCGGGCACCGGUGCCCGCGGGGAGAAGCUGGCGAGGGCACCAGCAGCAGCGGCGGUGGCGGAUGCCCGUCGUCCUCCCACGACCACAGCCACCACCACCACUGAUCUCGCAGGAGCUUUGAUGGGCCUCUUCGUCAGCACCUGAAGUCAUUGGUUAUCCUGCCAAGGAAACUGAUGCUUCUUUCUGCCAGCUUUUAGUGAAAAGUUACUGUACUUUUAUGCUGAUGCUAAGCUAGUAUUACCUCAUAUGGGAACUUGCAAGAGAACCAUUGGGCCAGGCAUUGUUAGGCUGCAACUUCUAUGAUUGAUGUAUUGUUCUGGCGUCCAAAUAUCUAUUUGAGAUGAGUGCCUUUUCCUGUUAUUAUUGUCAUAGUUUAAUUGUCUCAACGAUACUAAGUCUGUUCUUCUGGGCGAUUCACUGGUCAAUAUAUAAUCCCUGUUGACUUCAUUGUA